UUCUACGAGAAAUGGAGCGUGGACUCGAGUACUUCCUCCAUCGCACCCAGCGACUAAAGACGUCCAGCACAGAGAAAUUUAUGAAAUAUCCGGGGACGUUGUGCCUAUCAAUAUGGUCAAGGGUAUUGGUCACCUUAGAGACCCACGCCUUAAUAAAGGAUUGGCGUUUACCUUGAAAGAGCGAAUAGCCUUGGGGAUCCACGGACUACAACCCCCGAGAUUUAAGACCCAGGAAGAGCAGCUGGCGUUGUGUAAAGCCUCUGUGAUGAAAUACACAGAGGACCUGAACCGGUACCUCUACCUCGUGGAGCUCCAGGAGAGGAAUGAGCGGUUAUUCUUCAGAUUGCUGAGCGAGAAUAUCGAACAAAUGAUGCCAAUUAUCUACACUCCUACUGUUGGCCUUGCGUGUCAGAAAUUCGGGGUUAUUUAUCGAAGACCGAGGGGAUUGUUUAUUACUUGUUAUGAUAAAGGACAUAUUUAUGAAAUUUUAAAUAAUUGGCCGGAACAAUCAGUCCGUGCGAUCUGUGUGACAGACGGGGAGCGUAUAUUAGGUCUCGGUGACCUGGGAGCUUGCGGUAUGGGAAUCCCCGUUGGUAAAUUAGCUCUGUACACUGCUUUGGCCGGAAUAAAGCCUCACCAAUGUCUACCAAUUACCAUCGAUGUCGGAACUAAUAACGAGCAAUUGCGCGACGACCCUCACUAUAUUGGUCUAAAUAAACCCAGGAGCCAGGGAGCUGAUUACGAUGAGCUCAUUGACGAGUUUAUGGCUGCUUGUGUCCAGAAAUACGGACAAAAUGUCCUAAUUCAGUUUGAAGAUUUCGGAAAUCACAAUGCCUUCAGAUUCUUAGACAAGUACCGAGACAAGUACUGUACAUUUAACGAUGACAUUCAAGGAACUGCAGCAGUCGCGGUUGCUGGAAUUUUGGCCUCCAAACGUAUUACCAAGAGAAAAAUGUCCGAUAAUAGAUUUGUGUUUUUGGGUGCUGGUGAGGCUGCAAUAGGAAUAGCAGAUUUGUGCGUAAAAGCAAUGGAAGCCGACGGCUGCACAGAAGAAGAGGCUAGGAACAAAGUUUGGAUGAUGGAUAUCGAUGGGUUGCUGACAGAAGGCCGAAAAGUUGGCAAUCUUGAUGGUCAUAAAAAGUGGUACGCCAAAAUUCACCAAGACGUUAAGUCGCUUAUUGAUCUUGUCAGGGAAAUAAAGCCUACUGUCUUAAUAGGUGCAUCAGCAGCUGCGGGAGCUUUCACACCAGAAGUUUUGCAAGAAAUGGCUAAAAAUAAUGAACGACCUUUAAUUUUUGCUUUAAGUAAUCCUACAAGUAAAGCUGAAUGUACUGCACAACAGGCUUAUGAUUAUACUGAGGGCCGCUGUAUAUUUUCCUCUGGUUCUCCGUUCGGCGAAGUGACCCACAAUGGAACAGUCUACAAACCCGGACAAGGAAAUAACGCAUACAUAUUCCCAGGCAUCGCUCUGGGUGUAAUAGGCACAGGAGUCCACCAUAUUACCGAGGAACUGUUCCUAAUUUCCGCGCAAACCGUCGCUGACCACGUAUCAGAUGAAGACCUAGCUCGUGGAAGUGUCUACCCACCACUCGGAUCUAUAAAGGAGUGCUCUAUCGACAUAGCCGUACGGAUUGCCGAGUACGCGUACGGCCAAUGCGGGUUAGCUAGCGAGUACCCUGAACCUAAAGACAAAAGAGCUUUUAUUAUAAGCAAAAUGUACAAUGCAAAUUACGACAGUCCGCUACCAAAUAUAUAUGAGUGGCCCGGACAUUAUGCAGAGCCUCGAGUUUUACCUGAAAAAGACGAUAUUGAAAUUCGGCAUAAUUUAAAACAUCUUUAA